UCGAGUCUUGGCUCCAAUAUGACCAAAAAAAGGAGAAACAACGGUCGUGCCAAAAAGGGCCGCGGCCAUGUGCAACCAAUUCGCUGCACGAACUGCGCCCGGUGCGUGCCCAAGGAUAAGGCCAUUAAGAAGUUUGUCAUUCGGAACAUUGUAGAAGCCGCUGCAGUCAGGGACAUAUCUGAAGCAAGCGUCUUCGACGCUUACGUGCUUCCCAAGCUCUAUGUCAAGCUGCACUACUGCGUGAGCUGUGCCAUUCAUAGCAAGGUUGUCAGGAAUCGAUCUCGUGAGGCCCGGAAGGACCGAACACCCCCACCACGAUUCAGACCUGCUGGCGCUGCACCACGACCUCCACCAAAGCCCAUGUAAAGAGGUGAUUUCAUGAAGGCAGAAAGAAAAAUACCAUGGAAAAAUAAAACUGAAGUUACACUUUAAAAAAAAAAAAAA